AUGGAUCGGAGAGGUGGCGACAUUGACUUGUGCCGCAUCGGGGCUUUCGCGCUGAAACCCGAAGGCGUCCGAGAGAGUGCCUCAGCAAGACAUAGCAAGACUGCUUCUGGCCGUGUUCCAGGAGCACACCUCGGCUGGUUUCCUUUGGAUGGGAGACGUCUUCCGAAUCUCAGCAACGACCUCCCGGAUCCUUUCGCGACGGGACUGAACUUAGACUCAGCAAUGGGAACCGAAGCGCUUUUCGCCGUUCAUCCAUCCAAGGUGCAUUUUGUUCCACAGGCAGGCAGCGAGAAGACGUUGAAGUGGUCUCUCGACUUGGACUUCGAGCGAAACCAGAACCAGCGGAACAAGGAGCUAGGACUGGAAAUCCGAACUAUGUAUCUCGAAAUUUGCGGCGCCGUGGGAGCGGUGGCCAGCUCUUCGAGGGCCACCAAGGACGAGUUUGACAAGGCAGUUCACAGUGCAUGCCAAGCGAACAUUGGCUCGUGGGCCCGCGGCAAAGCCUUUGGACGAUCAGUUCUGGCAUGCAUCGUUUCGCGUGUGCUGCUGAAUCGUCAGGUGGCCGUGCCCGAGGGCCUGGAGGUGCUGCGAGACUGGGUCAGCGAGAACCUCGACACCGAGAAGUCUGCCAGGCACAGGAACCGAUGCAUGCUGGCGAAUCGUAUGUUCUCGGGGCUCCUUCCACAUUUGCAGGAAGUGACGGAGGAAGCGGAUUCGACGGACGUGGACCCGAGGAAGUUCCGGAAGUUUCUUGAACAGCUUGCGAACCACCUGGCACUGCUUGUGCUGGGGGCUGGGACGCAGCCAGCGGGUUGGCUGGAGCAGGUCCUGAACAGCCCGGGUGAAGCUCAGCGAUCCUACUGGCCCACGAUGCCAGACAGCGAGGAAGCGGCGGUGGUGGGAGCCAUGGGCUACGUGGGCUGGUACACGUGCCCGAAUGGACAUCCCUACUCCGUCGGUGAGUGCACCAGGCCAAUGCAGAAAGGCAUCUGCCCAGCUCCUGGCUGUGGUGCGCCGAUCGGCGGAGAGCAUCAUCAGAACGUGCAGGGCGUCCGCACCAUCAAUGAGGAUCGCCUUCUGAGGCUGGAGCUUGGGGGGAGCUCGCGCUGCUAG